AUGGCAGGGCAGCGUGUGGAGUUGCCUUGCAAAGCGCUUGGGCAUCCUGAGCCAGAUUAUCGCUGGCUGAAGGACAACAUGCCCCUGGAACUUUCUGGAAGGUUUCAGAAGACCGUGACAGGGCUGCUCAUUGAGAACACUCGUCCUUCAGACUCAGGCAGCUAUGUGUGUGAAGUUUCCAACAGAUACGGAACUGCUAAGGUGAUAGGCCGCCUGUACGUGAAACAGCCACUGAAAGCUACCAUCAGCCCCAGGAAAGUUAAAAGCAGCGUGGGUAGCCAGGUUUCCUUGUCCUGCAGCGUGACAGGCAGUGAGGACCAGGAACUCUCCUGGUACCGAAACGGUGAAAUCCUCAACCCUGGAAAAAAUGUGAGGAUCACAGGGAUCAACCACGAAAACCUUAUAAUGGAUCACAUGGUCAAAAGUGACGGGGGCGCAUACCAGUGCUUUGUGCGCAAGGAUAAGCUGUCCGCUCAAGACUAUGUGCAGGUGGUCCUUGAAGACGGAACUCCCAAAAUUAUUUCUGCCUUUAGUGAAAAAGUGGUGAGUCCAGCAGAACCAGUCUCCCUCAUGUGCAACGUCAAGGGAACUCCGUUGCCCACCAUCACGUGGACCCUGGACGACGACCCGAUCCUCAAGGGUGGCAGUCACCGCAUCAGCCAGAUGAUCACGUCGGAGGGAAACGUGGUCAGCUACCUGAACAUCUCCAGCUCUCAGGUCCGGGAUGGGGGAGUCUACCGCUGCACUGCCAACAAUUCGGCGGGAGUCGUCCUGUACCAGGCUCGAAUAAACGUAAGAGGGCCUGCAAGCAUUCGGCCAAUGAAAAAUAUCACAGCCAUCGCAGGACGGGACACGUACAUCCACUGCCGUGUGAUUGGCUAUCCGUAUUACUCCAUCAAAUGGUACAAGAACUCUAAUCUGCUUCCUUUCAACCACCGCCAAGUGGCAUUUGAGAACAACGGCACUCUAAAACUCUCAGAUGUGCAAAAGGAAGUGGAUGAGGGAGAGUACACGUGCAACGUGCUGGUUCAACCGCAGCUCUCCACCAGCCAGAGUGUCCACGUGACGGUCAAAGUUCCACCUUUCAUCCAACCUUUUGAGUUUCCAAGAUUCUCCAUUGGACAGCGGGUCUUUAUCCCAUGUGUUGUGGUCUCAGGGGACUUACCCAUCACGAUCACUUGGCAGAAGGACGGCCGGCCAAUCCCAGCGAGCCUCGGGGUGACCAUCGACAACAUUGACUUCACAAGCUCCUUGCGGAUUUCCAAUCUCUCCCUCAUGCACAACGGGAACUAUACCUGCAUAGCCCGGAAUGAGGCAGCAGCUGUGGAACACCAGAGCCAGCUGAUCGUGAGAGUUCCUCCGAAAUUUGUGGUUCAGCCACGGGACCAGGACGGGAUUUAUGGCAAGGCUGUCAUCCUCAAUUGCUCAGCUGAGGGCUAUCCUGUACCCACCAUAGUGUGGAAAUUCUCUAAAGGUGCUGGGGUUCCCCAGUUCCAACCAAUUGCCCUGAAUGGCCGAAUUCAGGUUCUGAGCAAUGGGUCCUUGUUGAUCAAGCACGUCGUGGAGGAAGACAGCGGCUACUACCUGUGCAAGGUCAGCAACGAUGUGGGUGCAGACGUCAGCAAGUCCAUGUACCUCACGGUGAAAAUUCCUGCGAUGAUAACGUCCUAUCCAAAUACGACCCUAGCCACUCAGGGUCAAAAGAAGGAAAUGAGCUGUGCAGCCCAUGGCGAGAAGCCCAUCAUCGUCCGCUGGGAGAAGGAGGACCGUAUCAUUAACCCCGAGAUGGCCCGUUACCUUGUGUCCACCAAGGAGGUGGGAGAGGAAGUGAUCUCAACGCUGCAGAUUUUGCCAACUGUUAGAGAAGAUUCUGGCUUCUUCUCCUGUCAUGCUAUCAAUUCUUAUGGGGAGGACCGUGGAAUAAUUCAGCUCACAGUGCAAGAGCCCCCAGACCCUCCCGAAAUUGAGAUCAAAGACGUGAAAGCUCGCACAAUCACCCUCAGGUGGACCAUGGGGUUUGACGGCAACAGCCCCAUCACGGGCUACGAUAUUGAGUGCAAAAAUAAAUCAGACUCCUGGGAUUCUGCUCAGAGAACCAAAGAUGUUUCCCCUCAGCUGAACUCGGCCACCAUCAUUGAUAUCCACCCUUCCUCCACCUACAGCAUCCGCAUGUAUGCCAAGAACCGGAUUGGCAAGAGCGAGCCCAGCAACGAGCUCUCCAUCACCGCGGACGAGGCAGCUCCUGACGGCCCACCUCAGGAAGUCCACUUGGAGCCCAUCUCAUCUCAGAGCAUCAGAGUCACCUGGAAGGCUCCCAAGAAACAUUUGCAAAAUGGGAUUAUCCGUGGCUACCAGAUAGGUUACCGCGAGUACAGCACCGGGGGCAACUUCCAAUUCAACAUUAUCAGUAUCGACACCACUGGGGACAGUGAGAUUUACACCCUGGACAACCUCAAUAAGUUCACCCAGUACGGCCUGGUAGUGCAGGCCUGCAACCGGGCCGGGACGGGACCUUCUUCUCAGGAAAUCAUCACCACCACCCUCGAGGAUGUGCCCAGUUACCCCCCUGAAAAUGUCCAAGCCAUAGCAACAUCACCAGAAAGCAUAUCAAUAUCCUGGUCCACACUUUCCAAGGAAGCCUUGAAUGGAAUUCUCCAGGGGUUCAGAGUCAUUUACUGGGCCAACCUGAUGGACGGAGAGCUGGGCGAGAUUAAAAACGUCACCACGACGCAGCCUUCCCUAGAGCUGGACGGGCUGGAGAAAUACACCAACUACAGCAUCCAGGUGCUGGCCUUCACCCGUGCGGGGGACGGCGUCAGAAGUGAGCAGAUCUUCACUCGGACCAAAGAGGAUGUUCCAGGUCCUCCUGCAGGAGUGAAGGCAGCGGCGGCCUCAGCCUCCAUGGUCUUUGUGUCCUGGCUUCCCCCUCUCAAGCUGAACGGCAUCAUCCGAAAGUACACUGUAUUCUGCUCCCACCCCUAUCCCACAGUGAUCAGCGAGUUUGAAGCCUCUCCUGACUCAUUUUCCUACAGAAUUCCCAACCUGAGUCGGAACCGUCAGUACAGCGUCUGGGUGGUCGCGGUGACUUCAGCUGGGAGAGGAAACAGCAGUGAAAUCAUCACGGUAGAGCCAUUAGCUAAAGCUCCGGCACGAAUCCUGACCUUCAGUGGCACAGUGACUACCCCAUGGAUGAAAGACAUCGCCUUACCUUGUAAAGCUGUUGGGGACCCUUCUCCUGCAGUAAAAUGGAUGAAAGACAGUAACGGGACACCCAGCCUGGUAACGGUUGAUGGGCGGAGAAGCGUCUUCAGCAACGGGAGCUUCGUUAUCCGAACCGUGAAGGCAGAGGACUCCGGCUAUUACAGCUGCAUCGCCAAUAACAACUGGGGAUCAGAUGAGAUUAUUUUAAAUUUACAAGUACAAGUUCCACCUGAUCAGCCUCGGCUUACAGUGUCCAAAACAACGUCUUCUUCCAUUACCCUCUCGUGGCUCCCUGGAGACAAUGGGGGCAGUUCCAUCAGAGGUAAUAAGCAUAAGAAUACCCGGACUUCGGAUACCUUGAGCAAGCAACAACAAACCUUGAGGAUGCACAUUGACAUACCCAGGGCUCAGCUUUUGAUCGAAGAGAGAGACACAAUGGAGACCAUCGACGAUCGCUCCACGGUCCUGUUAACGGAUGCUGACUUUGGGGAGGCAGCCAAACAGAAGUCUCUGACGGUGACACACACAGUGCACUAUCAGUCAGUGUCACAGGCCACCGGGCCCCUCGUGGAUGUGUCGGACGCGCGGCCGGGAACGAAUCCUACCACCAGGAGGAAUGCCAAGGCAGGACCCACAGCAAGAAACCGGUAUGCCAGCCAGUGGACCCUCAACAGACCCCACCCCACCAUUUCAGCACACACCCUCACCACAGACUGGAGGCUGCCGACGCCCAGGGCUGCGGGAUCAAUGGACAAGGAGAGUGACAGUUACAGUGUCAGCCCCUCACAAGACACAGAUCGAGCGCGAAGCAGCAUGGUCUCCACAGAAAGUGCCUCCUCCACUUAUGAAGAACUGGCCAGGGCCUAUGAGCACGCCAAGAUGGAAGAGCAACUGAGGCACGCCAAGUUCACUAUCACAGAGUGCUUCAUAUCAGACACAUCAUCUGAACAGUUGACGGCAGGGACAAACGAGUACACGGACAGUCUGACCUCCAGCACCCCUUCAGAAUCGGGGAUCUGCAGGUUCACUGCAUCCCCCCCCAAACCUCAGGAUGGAGGUCGAGUGAUGAACAUGGCGGUUCCAAAGGCACAUCGGCCAGGUGACCUCAUACAUUUGCCUCCAUACCUUAGAAUGGACUUUUUGUUAAACCGAAGCGGUGCCAGCACCAGCAGGGACCUGAGUUUAGGGCAAGCAUGCUUGGAACCUCAGAAAAGUCGGACCCUGAAGCGACCCACGGUCCUUGAACCGAUCCCCAUGGAGGCGUCCUCCUCCACGUCCUCCACGAGAGAGGGACAGCAGUGGCAACAAGGGGCUGUGGCCACAUUACCUCAGCGAGAGGGAGCAGAGCUGGGACAGGCAGCUAAGAUGAGCAGCUCCCAAGAAUCCCUGCUUGACUCUCGGGGCCAUUUGAAAGGAAACAAUCCCUACGCAAAAUCCUACACCCUGGUAUAACAAAUAGCAUGACUGGACAGCAGUUGUAAAUACAAUUUAAAAAAUUCAAUCAAAGCUACCUUUUUUUUACGGAAUUCCAAUAUUUAUAAUUAAAGAAAAUUGCC